AUGGACAUCAAAAGGAGGGAAUUCCUGGAAUUUUCUCAGGGGAAGCUGGAUGUGGAGACAUAUGGACGUGAGUUCACUCAGCUGUCUCGCUAUGCACCCCGUGAUGUGGUUGAUGAUGCUGAUAAGCAAGAUCUAUUCCGCAAGGGACUUAACCCUGAGCUUCGCUAUGAGAUGUUGCCUUUCACCUUCCAGUCAUUCCAAGACCUGCAUAACCGUGCUCUUCUGAUGGAGAACGGGAGGAAGGAUAUGGAAAAAUCCAAGAAGCGUGAAGAAGGUGAUUCUCGUGCGUCUUCCUCUCACAACAAGAAGCGCCGAGUCUGGAUCCCUUACAGUGCUGUACCUCGUGCUCCCUAUGCACCAAGGUCUUCUGGCAAUAACUCUAAGCCACCCUCUGGUGGUUCAAGCUAUCGUCCUGCUAUGGGUACUGUGCCUAGUGGUGCUUGCUACUCUUGUGGUCAACCUGGCCACUACUCAAAGGAGUGCCCCCAGAAGUCUGCUGGUCGUGGAUAUUCUCAGCCCAAGAAGGAUGACAAAUAUUCCUCUGGUCGUGCUCGUCUGACCCAUACUGAUGACACUUCUAGUGGGGGAGUCGAGGAAGUACUGAAGCCCUUCGCAAACCUGGAUCUAGCAACCUCUAAAGGUGUCGUAGACAAGGUUGCCAACUUGGCCAAGCCCACAGCAGAAACACAAGAACCGAUUACUUCAUCAUUGGCUGUCCCUCUGGUCUUAGGAGAGAGUUGUGACCUCUCGGGCUUGCUAACGUUCGACCCUGAAUCCAUCGAACCAGCUCCUUCUACGGCAUGCGAUGAACCACGACCCAGCGCUGUCCUGCGUCAAUUCCAGCGUCUCAAAGCCCUGCUUUCCUCUUCGAUCGAGACAUUGGUCGAAGACCCCGAGGAAGUGAAGAUCGUCCUUGAAGAAAUCCAGCACCACCUCCCGGUAACGUUGCAGGUGAAACUUUGGCCAGUUGUGACUCUGUCUGCCUACAGGUCAAGGGUGAAGUUAGCUCGUCAGAGAAUCGAUCUACGCCACGCCCAACUUCCGUUGAAAGCCGAUAUUGCAGACAAAUGUCAGCGGCUCAAUGAGAAAAAGGCGGCCUUAGAUGCCAAAACUGACACCUCUGUCAGCACCGCCGAACUUGAGACCUUGCGAAAGGAAUUGGAGGACCUUGAAGAAAGGGUCCGGGCAACCAAACAGCUUAUUCACGAUAAGGAAGCUCUUAUUGCCCGCUCCCAAGAAGAAGCAGAAGGCCUCAAAGCUCAACUGAAAACUGAUCUAGCAGAGAUACGUGCCCUGAACAAACAGCUAGUGACGGGCAAGGACGAAGAUGAUGAGGCCGAGAUCGCCGAGGUGGAUCGUGUCCGUGCUGACGCCCUCCGUGCCUUCGAGGCAUUCCUUCAGUAGAGCCUAUCUAUGUAACAGUUUGUACCUCUAGAGUCGAUGGCUGCACAUCGGCUUUUUAGUCUAAAGUCGAUGUCUAUGCAUCGGCUGUACUUUGUGUCCUGUUGCUUAUUUUUUUACUGGCCGAUUUCAUGCAUCGUCCCCCAUAUUUCACUGUCCGUCAUCCCACAUACUUGGGA